CCAACCACAGCAUCAGAUAUGGACACUAUGACAUUCUGAGCGCAACGUACUCAAUGGUUUAUGCCCCGUUACCACGUGCUACGCACGAAUUACCUUUAUCAGAAAAAAAAAUGUUCUAUAGCUGCCGAAGUUGAGGCUACUGUCCCAUGAAAAAUCCUAACAACCCUUCUGAUUAUUGGGAUGCAUGGACUCGGCUACCACUUUUAUUCGGGCGACAUUGAAGUACGCUCAGUGCGACCAUGCGAGGAGUAAGGAACUAAAGACUGAGAGAACACUAGUAAAAUAAAAGAAAAAGAGAACGAACAUCUGGCUACGUACCUUUUUAUUGCAAACAAUGCUAUUGCAUCCCCCAUGUGGUUGCAUCCACAAGCUCCAGCAUGAUGAACAUCAUUGUUGCGAGCCUUUAAAGAGUACCGACAUAAUAUCUCCAACUCGCCAUAUUUUGGGGUAAAUGAAGGCACAUACCCUGAAAGGAAUACUCGGAAACGUCAGCGCAAGCUGAAAAAAAAAAAAGAGUACUCGUUUCUAAGAGCGUGCUUCUGUUUCGGUAUCCAGUAGGUCGACGGGUCAUGACUAGUGUUCUAGAAACCUUCUAGAACACUAUAGCCACGACCUUAUUAUACACUGGCUCGCUCCGUUUAUGAUAUCGCAGCGGCUGCUACACUUGAGCGCAGGUAGAAAAGACAUGCAUCGUUAUUGUUCAUUCUUUUUUAAUGAAAAAUGCCCUUGUGACUAAGCUUAUUGCUUCGGGACGUCAGCAGAUUUUGUCUGUGUCAUGACGUCACGAUAUUAUCAAUGACCCCAGGUUGGGUAUUUUGAGACCAACGUACAACUUCAAGUACCAUCAUGUUGCAUGCUUUGUCAUUAUACAAACAAGACAAAGGACGAGAAAGAGAAAAGGAGGGGGGGACGAAGACAAGCGCUUACUUGCAACUUUCACUUCCAAAGUUGAACAAGGUAAAUCCGGGGGUCUUACGUGCCAUAAUCAUGAUUAUGGCAUGUAAACGCUGUACUCGGGGACACCGGAAUUUCGACCCCCUAUGGUUUUUUUUUUUUUAACGUGUGGCACUGUAUACGGCGACUUCCAAAGCUGGAAGUCAGCGCCUGUCUGCGCCCCCUCUCUUUUUCUUGGCGUCCUUUCUCUCGUUUCGUACUCUUUAACAAGAUGGAACACCAACUACAGCCUGGUCACAUACCUUGCUGCAGUUUACCUGUCAAAUUAAAGUAUCUUAUAAGUGCAUGCCAGCCUUCGUACUUGCAAAGUGACAUCCUUUUACCGUGACAAGCGCGUGGCAGAGAUUCUGCAACUUCAAUAGUACAAGUCAGUAUAUCGUUAUUCGGUGGGAACAGUGAACGCUUGCUAAGACCCACCGCGAAUCAAUCAAUCAAUCAAUCAAUCAAUCAAUCAAUCAAUCAAUCAAUCAAUCAAUCAAUCAAUCAAUCAAUCAAUCAAUCAAUCAAUCAAUCAAUCAAUCAAUCAAUAGUUUAUUAAUCCAAGAAGUUCUAGUGUGUGGCGGGGAAAAGCAGCUUCACUGCAGCGCGACUGAGCGCGGUCCCCUGUGAUACAAUUCGGCAGUGAGCAUCACUGGCCCAUGCGCAGUUAAGGUGACGUGAGACAAAUCUAGGCACUGCACGAGAAAUACUUUCUUUUUAUCCCUUUCUUUUUUCCCCACUGCUCUUUUGCGCCGCCCUACACAGGCCACCGUGGAUGUCUCCGAGCGACCCCGUGCCAUCGAUACACCGGCCAGAGAACGCGGAUGCCCAGCCUGCGGCCGAAUUAGAGCAGGGCACCAAGGCAGACGCCUCCGAGAAGCCGGAUGCAUCCAAGGUGAUGGCGGUGCAGGCGUUCCUGCAGGGCGGCGUCCUCUUUCUCAUGGCGAUGACCAACGAGGUGUUCCUGCUGGCGCCGGUCGGCUUCGGCCUGGGCGGCAUCAGCAGCGCGCUCGACCUGCUGCCCGUGCCGGUGCUGCAGCGCUACAUCGAACCGGACGCCGUGGAACGCCAGUUGGGAAUAUGCCGGGCCGCCUCGGGCAUCGGAUGCCUCCUCGGACCGGUGUUUGUCAUGGUGUUCCUGGACGGCGAGACGCAGUCCUACGCGAUCGUCUUCAUCUUGUCCGGGCUCUUCUCAAUUAUUGCCGGCACCCUCUGGCUCCCUGGUCUCAAGAAGGAGAUGGACGAGGCCAGAGACAGGAUGACCCUCCCGCCGUCUGCAUACCCAAGAAAUGAACCACCAGCAGCUGAACCAGCAGCGGCUGAACCAGGCGCUGCUGAACCAGGAGCGGCCGAACUAUCACCGCCGCUGCCCGGAGCGCUCGCACCGGCCGCGGGCGAACCGGUUUCGGGAGGACCUUUUGCCGCGCCCGACGCGGCAGAACCAGGCGCUUAAAUGCCAGCUGCGGAUCCGGCUUCGGCUUAGGAUGCGGCUCGACUCAUACCUGAUCGCUA